UACAGGUUUUGGGAAUCGAUGCCACAAAUGUUUAAAUCAGAUGCUGUAGAUUUCCUGUUUUUUGUUUGUUUUUUUUCCCUCCCGUUUCCUACAAAAAUACAGACUAUCCUGUAAUUAUACAUUUAGAAAAUAAGUGGGAUUUUUUUCUUGUAUUAGUCCUUUAUUUAUCUAGGUAAAAAAAAUCUGAUAUUAAAAAUCUCAUUUCCAAGAGAGACCUGGCAACAGAAGUCAAAAUACACGUACCACAUAAGUAUAUAACAUUUAAAACAUACAAUAUCCCGUACAAACGUAAAGAAUACACAAUAACAGAACAAAUUAAGAGCAACAUUAAAAACAAUCACACUGAGUAAAAGUUAUUUUCUCUGAGGUUUAUUUUAGUAAUUCACAGAAAGUGUUCUUGUACCUUGGUGAAGUUUGCGUGGCAAUGGGGGUUGGGGGUCUUUAUUGAUAGGAAAAGCUAAUGAAAAUACAGUAAAAAGUUCAAAAUCUUCACAUUUCCUAAAGCUGUACAUUUGAUAGGCUUUAUUAUUUUCACUUAAAAUGUUAAUGUAAAUGGUUAAAUAUUACUGAUAUUAGCUGCUAAAUAUUAUACAUCUUUUAAAGUUGGGGCACUGUGAAAUUAGUCAUUAGGCAUUAUGACAAAUGCCAUGUCCUGAAGCAGUUUUUUCCACCUCAGAACAAUUUUCAUACUAAUUUUUCCAGAGGUCCAUCAGAUCUAGAGAAAGCCAUGUGUGCCUUUGUUAACCUUAGACUACAGCAUUGUAAACAACUAGUGAAUCAUCUCUUACAACUAUUCUAAAAAUGCUGCAGCCAGACUACUAACUGCAACAAAAAAAAAAAAAAAAACGAGAUCACAUUACUCCAGCGUUAGCAGUCCUGCACCGGCUCCGUCCCUUACAAAGUAAAGUGAUAGUACUUGUGUUUCAAGCUUUAAAUGGUCUUGGUAGAAAUGCAUAUGUACAUAUACUCCCUCAAGAUUCUAACCUAAUCACUCCUGACCCAUCCUACAGCUGAAAGGUAUACAAAAAGGGGGUCCUGGCUUUCAUCUUGUGGCACUGACACUUUGGAAUGACCUCCAAAGUGACCCCAGACAGCUCGAUGCUUGCCUGAGGUCACUUUUUAAACCUAAGCUGAAGAAAUAUCUUUUUCUUCAAGCAUUCGACAACAGCUGAUCUCUGGAGCUGUGACAGGAGGACAGUCUGUUGUUGUGUUAUGCGAGUUGUGUGAAUGUGUGUAGAGGGAGUUUGGAAACUCUUCUGUUUCCUCUUUCUUUUUUUUUACUCACCGUUUUACUAACUCAUUCACAAGAAUGUCCUUUUAUGAAGACAUUAUUGCAAACCUUACGUGGAUAUGCCUCUAGCGUUUUGAAACGACUGUUUUGAAACAGCUUGUGAGAAUUAAACUGAAGUCGUCAACCUUCUAGAUUUUUUGUUUUUUUGCAUCGUUUGUGCGUUUAAACAACUGUCAGCCGUCAGUCUGUGACGCCGCUGAUAUUUGGGAGCAGAAUGGGGGGGCUCUGCUCUAAACUUAGACCGGACAGCACCACUCUUCAUCGCAGCAUACUCUGCAGACCACUGUGGAUUACAAUGGGUGGUGUCGAGUUACCGCAGAUGCUGCUUUAUCUCAGCGGCGAAGCUGGAAAAACAAGAUGUAGACUUAAGGGCACUGCAGGGUUUUUCUGUCUUUCACUGUAUUCUUCUCUGUCACGAUGGGCAGCUAUAGUUCAGCCCUCAUUCCCGGUAACACUCAUGAUGGAGGAGGAACGAAAGAAAACCCAGAGUGAAGUAAAGAAUUCGCUGCCAGAAGGAACUCAACAAACAACUCAGAAUGGAUCCAUCCCGCCUGCAUUAGAAACCAAAACUAUGCCCACAGAGUCUUUCUCCUCUCUCCUGCCAAAGGCUAUCUCUGCUGUGCUGCACCCAGCUCCGCCUGCAGGCAUCAACUCACAGCCCAGCAGAAAUCCAGAAGGGCACGCCUCGCCAAACCUGGAACAACUGCAGACAGAGCUGAGAGACCUGAAGGGCCAGUUUGAACAGAUGAAGACUCAGCACAACAAAGAAAUCAAACUGCUGAUGAAUGAGCUGGAUGAGGAGAAAAGGAUUCGCUUAACGUUACAGGUAAAGUGGCCGAGGAUAAUAAAAUUUAGUAACAUCGUAUUUCAAUGGGCGUAAACACUUCAAGGUGGGAAGAUUUAUCAUGAUUUGAUUUUUUUCAAAAUCCAAUUUUUUUCCAUUUUAGAUGGAAAUUCAGCGAAUGAAGAAGCACAUGUCUAAAUGAGCAAAGACGACUAUUCUUUCAUCAGAUUUCUGAUUUACCGUUUCUUUUUGGACUGCUGAGUGGGCUGACCCAGAGGGCUUAAUAUUUUUACUGAGUCACUGGUGAAAGUGCAAAGAUGGAAGCAGACAUAAAGACGGAGGCUGCAGCAAACUGUCCUUUCCCUCUGGAGACGACCGGCGCAGUUACACAUCAAACAUCUUGUUUUUUUCUCGUCACGUCACCAAAGGCAUUCAUAAACAUUCUUACCGGGGAACUGUAAUCUCACAUUUUGAGUUUUCCAGGAGAUUUCACUUAUCACCGUCCAUUAAGAAAAUGAUUGGUGGCAAUAUGUACUACGGCAUAAUUGAACUGCAUUUUUAUCCAUUGUGACAGUGACUCAGAGAGAGAGAAGGAUGAGAAAUGACAAGCAGCAGUUCAUUUACAGAGACUCAAGAGUUUGUUUAUAAUAAUGUAAUAUGGAUGAGCACACAGAUUUUAGGCUUGUAAAAAGAAAAAAAAAAUAGCACUUGUUUUCCUUUCUGAUUGCACAAAGAAUGUAAAUUUACUGGGUGCUGAUGUGCAUUGUGUGUUUAUUCAAAAUAAAUAUAGUUACUACUGAUAUAUGUAUGCUGAAAAUUUAUAUUGGCAUAAAAAAGUAAACAGGAAUAAAAGCAAAGACAAGCAACACAAAACAAAAACAAAAGGCCUAAAGGGAAUAAAAUCUAUCAGUCGUACAUUAUGUGUUCGACAGGGGCUGUCAACGUUAACGGGUUAACACAGAUUAAUCCGUCAUCACAAUUAAAAAAUUU